GGGGGAGGCCGCGGCUUCUUUGUGCUGCAGAGAACACAGAAGAGCUUCCAUUGAAAGCCUUUUUCUUUCUUCCUAUAUAUAUAUUUGAGAGCGAGAGAGAUGGCGGCGAAGGGUGCUGCUAGUUCUGCGAUUAAAGCUGUUACUUCCUCUGGGAUCGCCAGGCACCUCCAUGCUUCUCCUGGAAGCAAGAAAAUCGUUGGGGUGUUUUACAAGGCCAAUGAAUAUGCUUCCUUGAAUCCCAAUUUCGUGGGUUGUGUGGAGGGAGCGUUGGGCAUACGUGACUGGCUUGAAUCACAGGGCCACCAGUACAUUGUCACUGAUGACAAAGAGGGACCAGACUGUGAACUCGAAAAACACAUUCCCGAUCUCCACGUCCUCAUAACUACCCCAUUCCACCCGGCCUAUGUUACGGCAGAGAGGAUCAAGAAGGCCAAGAAUUUGCAACUGCUUCUCACUGCUGGAAUUGGCUCUGAUCAUAUUGAUCUGAAUGCUGCUGCUGCUGCUGGAUUAACAGUUGCAGAGGUCACAGGAAGCAAUGUUGUUUCAGUUGCAGAAGAUGAGCUCAUGAGAAUCCUCAUUCUUGUCCGGAACUUCUUACCUGGAUACCAUCAGGCUGUUAAAGGGGAAUGGGAUGUUGCAGCUAUUUCUUACAGGGCUUAUGAUCUUGAGGGAAAGACGGUUGGAACUGUUGGUGCUGGAAGAAUUGGAAAGCUAUUACUUCAACGUUUGAAACCUUUUAACUGUAAUCUCCUUUAUCAUGAUCGUCUCAAGAUGGACCCUGAAUUAGAGAAUCAGAUUGGGGCAAAGUUUGAGGAGGAUCUUGAUGCAAUGCUUCCCAAAUGUGAUGUAAUUGUCAUCAACACACCUCUCACUGACAAGACAAGAGGGUUGUUUGACAAAGAUAGGAUUGCAAAGUGUAAGAAGGGAGUCUUGAUUGUUAACAAUGCUCGAGGAGCAAUCGUGGAUACACAAGCAGUUGCUGAUGCUUGCACUAACGGACACGUUGCAGGCUACAGUGGUGAUGUUUGGUUCCCACAACCAGCUCCAAAGGACCAUCCAUGGCGUUACAUGCCAAACCAUGCUAUGACCCCUCAUGUUUCUGGUACCACCAUUGAUGCACAGUUACGAUAUGCUGCUGGAGUUAAGGACAUGCUGGAGAGGUACUUCAAGGGUGAGGAAUUUCCUCCACAACACUACAUUGUCAAGGAGGGUAAACUAGCAAGCCAGUAUCAGUAAAAAACUUGUGCUUUUUGUGUGAUCCGACUCCUAGUCGGAGCUUCUGUGUGCUGAUCUUGUAAUAAGUCAUCAAAAUCCUGAAAUAAUGUAAUCUCUGUGGGAUUUGACAAACAGUUUAAUGCAAGGUUUAAGCUUAAUUCA